AUGGUCGACCAUCACGAUCAAGGACAUGGCCGCCACCACCAGCAGCACCAGCAGCACCAGCAGCAGCAACAAGAUGCCGAAACAGGGAAGGCCGACACCAAUCAUGACCACAACCACAACCAUAGCCACAACAAAACCCGUGGACCGCGAAAACCCUACGUCCGAUUAGUCACCGACAAGCGACGGGAGCAGAACCGCCGCGCGCAAAAGGCUUAUAGGGAGAGGCUGAAGAAGAAGCUCGAGGUUUUGGAAGAGCAGGCUUCUUCUACUCUAUCCCACUCCACCCACAGCCAUCACCCCAGAAAGUCCGGCCAUGAGCUUGACGCGGACUUGGACACCGACAUCCGUGUCGAGGAUGACGACCAUGGCCAUGUCGACUCUCGCGCCCUACCCUCUUCCAAGCCAGCGUAUACACCCGCUGCCGCUUUUGGCCCGCGGCCGUGGGUUAUAAACCUGGCGGAAGCGUUUGUCGCUGCCGGGGACUUGCCCCUCGGACAGGGUUCAUUCCCUGGCAUCCAGUUGCAACUAGGCCCACAGACGCCGGCGACAGAACCCGAGGUCGAAGAAGUCAUCGAUCAUGUCCACGACGAUUAUGGUGACAUCGACCUGCGGCAGAUCUGGCCAAUGCCGCACACGCAUGUCCUUUCCCAAAAGUCACGCCAGCAUGCUCCCAACCCCCAGCGCGGUUCUACAUCUCUCAUGACCUUGACGCCUCAACGGACACCGACUGGCUUGCAAUGGUUUAGUCCGAAGUCCGCCCAGGCAGACCCAUACAUGAACCAUCUGCACCUUAUCGGCGAAGGCAAUGUGGAAGCCUCUCUCGCCGUCGCUCUUUCAAUCGGCAUCAGCCGCAGUCAGUACUUGAAUGACCACCCGUCACAUUUCCCCGGUUGCUACGUCGCACUCAACAAACCCGACCCGCGCUCCUCCACGAAUUCGUCCGCGCCCCUAACCGUAAACUACAAGUUCGCACAUACCUUCAUGGAUGUCACACCGCAGCUGCAAGAGCAUCUCGACGCAGUGAAGCCGCCCAUGCGACCAACGCCCGCGCAGCUCCUGAACCCACAUCCAAGUUACCUCGACUGCAUUGUGUUCCCCUAUUUCCGUGACCAUGCGGUCCAAGCAUCCGUCGACGGCAUUCUCGAUCAUGCAGAGCUGUUUAUGGACCUGAUGCACGGUGGUUUAGUCUGCUGGGGCGGUAUGUCGGGACUUACCAACAAGCACGGAAAGUCGGCGAAGAGUGGGAAAAGAGACAUGGCCGAAAGCGUGGCCUGGAACACGAGAAGUUGGGAGGCCAAAAAAUGGUUUCUGAAAAAAUGGACUUGGUUGGUCGGCACCGAAGAAGAGGAGGAAGCGAGAGGUGAUGUCGAUGGCAUAUGGAGGGGGAGUCGGUGGUGGUGGGCCAUGCGGGGCGAGGAUGACACCGACGAAGAGGGGCAGGAAAUGGACUCUGCGGGUGCCCGAGUGAGCGAGAUUGACGCUGGCAGCCAUUGUUUGUGA